GAUCUGUCGCAGUUCUCAGUUCCUUCUUGGAGAGAUUUUUGGGUCUGCAUUUGAGUGGUUUUUGUAUAAACCUGCAUAUUGUUUUUCUUCUUCUUUUCUUUCUCUUUUCGCCACAUUCGUUUGGUGUAUUAUAUUCAUUACAUCUUUUCUAUCCAGCGGCGACUCGAAAAAUCUUCCCUGCGCCACGAGACCAGCGGAUAUCAGUCAGUAUAACACUUAAAUGCUUCGCGGAAAUAAUGUCAGCGCUCUGCGAACGGGGUUCAGGAACAAUAAUAUGGCAAUGAGGGUUUCUGCGUGCGCGUGCGCAAAUUGGUCCGGCGGGAUCCGCGGCGUGUUCGGUCAGAGGGCGCUGAGCAUUUCCCAGAGUGCGAAUUCCAGACGCAUUGGGUCACCAGUGAACAUCAGGAAGUUCUCUACCGAGCACGAACCCUCCGAUUGGGACGCCUUGAACAGAGACACUACCCCGAGGGAAACGCCCGAUGCCCCAGAGACAAGAACACGCCACACGAACGAUGCAGAAGCCGAUCCGCUCCUCGAUAUCGCAGCUGCGGGGACGUCACUCAAAGCGCGCGGAAGGGUGGACUUGACCAGUCCGGUUAAUCGGAAGGUCGUCGACAUGGAGAUCAAGUGGUUGAAGGACCCUCGGGCGCUGGCCGACCGAGUUGCGAGGCUGCUGGGCGCGGGGAAUGUCGCUUUGGCGGCGGCGUUGGUUCGCGAGGCGCAGAAAGAACGCAUGGAGUGCUCGGUGGCGUGGAAUCGUCUGCUGGAGUAUUGUAUGGAGAGUGGGCGGGCGCUGGCGGCUUUUAAGUUUUAUCAUGAGAUGAAAAAGAGAGGCCGGAAGCCGACGUCGAGGACUUAUACGAUCAUGUUAGAUGGGCUGAGUCAGGCUGGGAAAGACGCUGGACUCGACCCGGUCAAGACGGCGCUUUCUAUCUACCGGUCCAUCUCGGCGCCCAACUCGUUCGUCGAGCAGAAUAUCAUCCACGGGAACGCGAUGCUGAAGGUCUGCUGCUACCAUACGGAUUUGGAGACCCUCUGGCAAGUGGCCGGCGAGCUGCCCGAGGACGGGCCGAACUCGCCAGAUCCGACUACGUACUCUAUUAUUUUGAGAGCUAUAUACGAUGCUGCUCAGAAGGACCUGGCGGUUGAGAGUGCCCCCGACACCGACCGGGCUCUGGCGAGAAAGGCACAAAGCGUGACGGAGGGUAAGCGGAUCUGGGCGGACGUGGUGUACCGAUGGAGGAAAGGCCAGAUGGAGCUUGAUAACCGUCUCGUGAGCGCCAUGGCCAAGGUGCUCCAGGGAGGCUCCACCGAUCGCGAUUGCUACGAUGUUUUCGCGUUGCUGAACCAGACUGCGGGGAUUCCCAUCCUCGCGAAGAAACCUCCUACGGAGAUUCGCGGACGCCGCGCUGCGGGAUCGAGACUGCAGGCUGGGCGUUUUCGCGAGAGUGAAGAAGUGGAGGAUGUACCUUUUGUUGAUGAGGGAGAACAGCUCUACAGGCCGAGGGCGAUCUCCAAGCCCGAGGAGGAGGAAGAGGAGGAAAACUUCGACGAUCUCUUCAACCCCGUUCUUCCAGAGGACGUUUCUCCCCCGGAAAAUGGGAGGACUGCAGAGGCUUCGGGCCCAAAGCACAUCCCGGUUGGCAAUCGAGAACUUACACUGAUUCUCCAAACCUGCAUGGAGAUGACUCAAGCGCUGGGGGCUGGCAAGGGCUACUGGCAGCACCUUACGCAAGAAGACCACCCUUACAAGGUCGAGCCAGACAUGGGCGCUUACCACGAGUACCUGCGACUUCUGCGACUUGCGCGUGGGAGCCGUUUAGCUGCUGAAGUCGUGCGCGAUCAGAUGGUACCGGCGAAGGUAGUAUCGGGAACGUCAUUCCACAUUGCGUUGAGCAGCUGCCGUCGCGACCGAAAGAACAUGAAUGUCCUGAAACACGCCAAUGAACUCAUCCGACUCAUGGGAGAGGCUCUUGUUCUGCCGGAUUCCCGCGUCUUGGAGGGAUACCUGGACCUCAUCCGGACUUUGGAGCGCAAUCCCCAAUCCCUCGUCACGCUGAAUGGUCUCGAUAACGCGAACAAGGCCUCCAAAAAGCUGGGGAAUCUUGGUCGAGAGUUACAGAUCGCCUUGCAGAAGGUGGCUGUCGAACAGCUGCGACCACAUGUCACUAAGCUGGCCACGGCUCUCGAGCACGGACAGGUUGUGCCCAUCGGUCGUCGUCUGCCGCGGAACAUGCUUCAGCAGGCAGUGGACGGCUCUCUGUCCGUGAAGGUGUUGAUCCAGUAUCGAGGCUUGAUGGAUAAUAUCUUGAAGCCGGAACACGCGACUUCGGUCUCCAAAGACGAGCGCAAGGCUCUGGAGAAUGAGUCGAGGGAGUUGAGAAAAUACUCCAAGGCCGAGCUGGAGAAGAAGUACGCGAAGAUGCUGGUGGCGCCGACUCCGGAUCAAAUAUUGGAGUUCAAGGAUAGAGAAAAUGCGGACGCUGCUCCCGAGGAGGUUGGCGACUCUCAUGCUGAGGUUUAAGAACUCAGCAAAAUGCACCAACGGUUUUGAUAUAAUCGACAUUGUUUCUUGGUCGACUCUACCCCCCUCCUUUCUUUAAUGCAUGCAUAUACAGGCGUUGAUGUUGAUGUCUUACUACUCAUGUGUAUACUACUGGUGACCUUUACUUACAGCUGGGUCGCACAUUCUAGAUUUCGAGAUAUGUUGUGUUUGUCUGUCCAUAGUCACGGCUGUUGGAGGAGUUGUUUAGCUGGCGCCUCAAAA